GGGAAUUUCCCCGUGACGUCUCAGCACGUGGAGCGUGAGGAUCAAAGACCGCAGGGUGUGCGUGCCUUGGGGGUCGUCUUCACGCUGGACGUGACCUGGAUUUCAUCGCUCCAUCUCAACGGUUGGACGUGCUCUCAGACGUGUUCUCUCCUUUGACUGCCGCUCCAUCGUCAGUCUCACCGUGAUCCCUUUCCGGUGACGUGUUCUGCUCAAGCCCUGCAAUACAGUCUGUGGGGAGAUGGCAGCACUUGAAGAUUUGGUGCCACACACAGAGAGGGCAAAUCCACGUACUCAUGGCCUGGACACUGCCUCGCCAUCCCAGCUUGUCCAGCUUCUUCAAGAGUGUGAUUUAGAGAUCUUCCAACGAGAUGACAAAGCAACAGCGGCUGAAGAACACAUGACAUUAUUUGGUGAGUCCACAAUAAGGUUGAUGACCGAUGUGGCUGCACAAGCAAAAAUCAUACUCGAGAACCCGGAGAACAAUGCGAUAGUGCUGAGUGGAUGUGGGACAUCGGGAAGACUGGCGUUUCUUGUUGCGAAAUCUUUCAACAAACUGCUGCAGGACUGUGGACGCUCCCCGUGCUACACAUAUGUCAUUGCGGGUGGAGAUAAGGCGUUGAUUACAUCUCAGGAGGCCCAGGAAGACCAGCCCGAGCUUGGGAGUCAGCAGCUGAGAGAGGUCACAAUGGAUAAGAAGAUGAUCCUCUUCAUAGGCAUUACGUGCGGGUUGUCGGCUCCCUUUGUAGCUGGGCAGCUGGACAUGUGUCUGGCAGACCCAGGUCGCUUUACAGCGGUGCUGUUAGGAUUCAACCCUCUCAGUCUGGCACGGACAACCAAGGUGGAGGGCUGGCACUCAAGUUUUGCACAGGUGGCAGAAAGGAUUCACUCAAGAAGCAUCUCAACCGCCACCUCCUUCCUUCUCAACCCAUUGGUUGGGGCGGAGGCUCUGACUGGCUCCACUCGCAUGAAAGGAGGAAGCGCGACCAAGGUCGUCUUAGAAACGGUUUUCCUGGCCGCGCACACGGCUCUAAACGCCGGCGUUGCAGUCUCACCCAGCUGUGUUCGCGAGUGCCUGCUGUCCUACGAGGCGGUGCACAAGACCACGUACGCCUGCAGCCCAAGCAUCGCUGAACUGGUGCACAGAUGUGGAACAAGCUUACAACAAGCUGGGCACCUGUACUACCUGGGUUGGGGGACGUUGGGCAUCGUGGCGAUGAUAGACGCCAGCGAAUGUCCACCGACCUUCGGAGCCGACAUCAAUGACGUGCGUGCUUUUCUCCAUGGGGGUUACCAAACGCUGGGAAUCAAGGAGGGUGACGUCUCAUCCAAGGGUCAACAGUUUUUCCUUUCCCAUGAGGACUUCAAGAAGAACAUCUUACCGUGCUUGACUGAUUGGGACACAGUGAUCCUUAUCUUCACCGGCGAUGACGAUCAGCUGGAAGUACGGUGCUUCGCAGAGACGAUCCGCGCUCGCUCUCCACACAUCUCAGCCAUCGUUCAUGCGUCAAGUGAGCAACAUCUAAGGGGAGAACUGGAGAGUCUGUUUGCUACAAUCGUUAAAGUAACAUGGCCUACAAUCAGUUCACACAAGAUGGAUCAUUACUUGAAGAUAUUCCACUGGGAGCUUAGCACAAAGUGGAUCCUGAAUGCCGCUAGCACGGGCGCCCAUGUGGCCAAGGGGAAGGUGCUCCACAACUUCAUGGUGGACCUGAAAGUCAGCAACAAGAAGCUGUUUGAGCGAGCUUUGGGAAUACUGCAGAAAUUCACAGGACAACCGCGGAAGGAGUGCCUAAAGGCCUUACUGCGAUGCAUCUAUGAGACAGAGGAGAUUUCUGAGGAGACUAGCAAUGCAGACAUUUCAAGGCACAUCCAAGUCAUUGCGCACAAAGAAAAGGUGGUGCCCACUGCCAUGGUGGCUCUGCUGUGCGACUGCUCCGUAACAGAGGCACGGAGACUGCUGAGUGAACGUCGCGUCAUCAGAGACGCGAUUGAGCACUGCCUGGACCUCCGCAGAGAGAGGACACCCAUUGUCUGAGCUUUUCACCAAGCAAUGCUGGCCAAAAAGACCACGGGGUCCGAAAAGAAUUGACACAGACCUGGCCCUUCCUUAAUAAAAAAAAAAGUCACGGUUUUUACCACAGGCCCAAUGGCCCAAACUGCCAGCAGCCUGUAACAAACAGCACUUUUGAAAGUAGAAUAGAUAAACGAUUUUAUGUGUUUCUUGAACUGAGCAAGGUUGUUCUAAGAAACUGGUGAGAACAGACGAUGGGAGGGUAUUCCAAAUUGAGCAGUGUGAGCAAAUAAGUACAAACACUGGAUAAAAACCUAUAAAUCUCGCCCCGCUCAUUGACUUUCACUGUGGUGCAUGCUUUAAAUGUUACCUUUAUGAAAUAUUGAAAUAUUUUUGAAGGAGAUGAUUAUUUCCACGGUCAUGUGAAAUGUUUUUGAAGGAGAUGAUUAUUUCCACGGUCAUGUGAAUAGGAUUGGCAGUUUUAUUUUUGAUAGUGUCGGCAAUUGCUGGAGAAUAAAUAUUUGAACCACUUUAAAAAUACUGUAUGUAAAAUCAGAGCCAAGGUUUAGGGAAGCACUUGUCCAUACCUAUGAUGAUACGAGAAAGUUUAAUGUAAGAUACAGUAUAACAUUGCCAUUCUUUUUAAUUACACUUUUAAUUUUCUAAAAAGUACCAUGACCAUCCAAACUAUUAAAUAGGUAUGUAACGGUGCAUGCUUACUUGCAAUGCUUAAAUCAUGUGGUAAAAAACAAAUUCGAGUAUUUGCCACUUAUGAAAAUUAUAAAUGCUAAUGUUAUACUUUGAUUAAUGGAGCGAACAAAACUGUACAAACAAGGCAGAUAACAUGAACAACAAUAAAAACAACACAAACAACUGAUUUUGAAUCGAAUCACCACCUUUAAUCACGAUAAUUAACUGAAUUGUUACCCUCACUGUUAAAUAGAACUUGGUCCGUCCCCUGAAGAUAAUGUUUCCGACCACUUUGCUCAAGUUCACGUUUCUCUUAGGCAGCCCUCAUCAAAUUGUUCUCAUUGCAAGUCAGAAAUAACUUUGUAUGACAUCCCAACACCAAAGAACUUCUUCACCUGACAUUUCGAAGACCAAUUAAACUCCUGCUUCUGGUGGCAUCCAUCACAUGACUGCCCUGUGGCAUUUCUUUUUUUUUCUUGUCCAUACAUUUCAAUCUAAAAUGAACCUCCCUGGAUACACGCGACUUUAUUCAGGAACCAAUAUCUCGCAGUGGCGAGAUAUUAACUCCCUUGCCUGGUAGGUAGGAGGUCGUGGGUUCUAUCCUGACCCUGACGCCUGUCUAUUUGGAGUCUGCAUGUU